AAGAACAAACAAAAAGUUGCCGCUCGGCGCUAACAACAAAAACUUGCUUCAGUGCUUGCCGGUGUACAUUAAACUUUCCCGCUUUCUUCUCUCCUCAGUCCUCACCCAUCAACUCAGGUUUCUAAGUUUUCGAUCCGUGAAUGGGGUCGGCAGAGCAAGGUGAGUAUGCUGCCUUUGAAGAGAAAGUAAGGCGGACUGUUUACAUGGACAACCUGUCACCGAAUGUUACUGAAUCUGUGGUGAGAACUGCCCUUGAUCAGUAUGGAACUGUCAAGAGUGUUCACUUCAUUCCGAACUAUCUAGAGCCACAGAACAUCCCCCAAUGUGCUUUGGUGGAGAUGGAAACAGAAAAGCAAGUUGAAGUUGUCAUCUCAACAAUAUCUCAAUUCCCUUUCAUGAUGUCUGGAAUGCCAAGGCCUGUGAGGGCACAUGCUGCUAAAGUGGAGAUGUUUUCUGAUCGCCCUAGACAGCCUGGCAGAAGGAUACAUUUCCGCUGGUUGGAUCCUGCUGAUCCUGAUUUUGAGGUAGCAAACAAGCUGAAGCAUCUUGCAAAAAGACAUGCUACUGAAACUGCAGUGAUGCUCAAGCACCAACUGGAGAAAGAGGAGAAGCUUGCGAAGCAGCAAGGAGAGGCUCUGAAAGCAAAUUACAAGAAGUAUGAGAUGAUAGAUAGUUUGAUGGCUGAUGGAACUGCUCGACGUUUGGCACGGCGUUAUGAUUUGAGAGUUUCAGAUGACUCAGGCCCUUCUACCUUUCAUUGACAAGUAACCAAUAUAUGCACUAAUGUAAGUAGCUGUGCUCUUUGGGCAUGUGUUAAAUACUUUGAAACAUGUGGAUAUCUUUUCUUUUCCCCUAAUUUUAGGUGCAAUUAGAUUUUGUUCAUGUGAUCUUUUCAUAUCA